GACUUUCUAUCUUAAUGAGUUAUCGCAUGUGUAUAAACAUAUGAAUGUAUAAGCAUUCAAAGCAGACUGAGCAAGCUUGCUUUUGUGGAAAACUAUCUGUGAAAUUAUUUUCACUAUUAUACAAGCCACUUAAUGGAUUAAAUUCAUAUUAUGCCUAUAGACACAUUGAAAUAGUAUUCAUUAGUUUUUCUUUCGUGUGUUAUCUUUAUUUCACUUUGGAGCUUUCUGUCGAAUACGCACAACAUAUUACACAAAAACUCUGUGAUACUGACUUGUUAUAAUAUUGUACAGUGGAGUUAAAUGAAAAAAAUAAACUAGUGACCUCAGGGGAAAACGCUAUGCUUCCCAAAUGAGAAAAUUUAUGAGAAAAGGUUAAUUUUGCAAAUAUAUAAUUCUACAACACAGAUUGUUUGGGAUCUCAACUCUAUACAAUUCAAUUUUUGCAUAUUUUUACACCGAUAGAAGAAAUUCAAUUGUUUCUUCAGAAAAAAGUAUACAUUACCCAUAUAGUAAUAACUUUUUACGGUGAAUGAGUGAACCCUCAGGACCAAGUGGAUUUAGUUUAAUUUCUGAGAAUAAAAAGCCUGUGUCACCAAUGAAUUUACAACGACUCAGCAUCAGUAUUGGUCGUAAGAGUUUGAUUCCAUUUUUUGAUAUAUUAAAUAAACGUUCUCAAUCCACCUCUGUUACAAUAUGCAAAACAUCAGAUGAUAGUCAUUUUAUGCAGACUGCAGGAUUCCAGUUUCUUUCACAUCAAAGUUACUAUCCUUUAAUGAUAGAGACAAUAACCAAGCAGUUAGACAUUAUUGAUAAAUUUGUUACUAUGAUGGAACAUAUGGCUGACGUAAGACAGUCUUAUUCUACGGCGUUGAAGGAAAUCUGCACUAAUUUCUCUGAAGGUAGUGAUAAUGUGAAUGAUACACAAAGUGAUGAUACUAAUGGAAUAUUUCAUGACAUUUGGGAGAAAUUUAUUGAAAAAGUUGGAAAUGAAGCUGAGCUUCAAGAAAAUGUUGUCCAACAGACUAAAACGAAAGUGAUUGUACCUUUACAGUGGAUUGUCAAGCACAGGAGACAACAGAUUUCGCGUUUAAAAUCAUUCCGUACGUCAACCGAUUCAACACUUAGAGAGUGCAGUGAAAGAGUUAUUGAGUUACAUGGUAAUUAUUCAGAAUUGUACAAAGUUCACCGUGAAAUUUUACAAACCAAAGCCAUCAAAGAUCUAUUAAAUGCACAUAACUCCUAUGUACUUCAGUUGCAUAUGACGAACACAAUGAAAGAAUAUUAUCAUAAUUUAAUUUUACCACAGAUUAUGCAAGAGUUCGAGACAAUAAUCAAAGAGAACACAGCAGAAUUCAGAGAGAUUUUCGACUACUUUGGUUCACUUCAUGAAAAUAUGUUUGAUCACUUGAUGUGUAACAUACAUGAUUUCCAAUCUAAAGUGAAAGAAAUUUCUCCAGAUGCUAUUGUAGCAAUUACUGUACAGAAUAUGAGUAAAAGGCAAAGCCCUUUACAUUGGCAACUCACUGAAUACCUUCCACCUGACUGUGACUGUCCUGAAAUCCUCUGCUCAGACAAUAUAAUUGUGGAUAGCUUAGUCAAAGUAGAACUACAGACAAAAUUUAGUGAACUCAAACGUCAGUUUGCUGAACUUUCUUCAUUUAUGCAACAGAAUGUGGAUGUCGUAAACACACUGAAAACACUUGAGAAAAGAAUCGAUCUUCAUAGGCAUGCUGUUCAUACUAAUUUAAAACUACAAGAUGAUAUUUAUCGCAAAGAAGAUGAAAUACGAAAGGCGAGAAUAGCACUGGCUGGGAUAGAAAUUCAACUAAAAAUAAUUGGCAUGAAGAAAGAAAGUUCUGGAGAUCUGAAAUCUACUGCAUCCUCGGGGCCACAAAAUAUAAAAGGAUUAUGGAAACGAGCAUUUCAGUCAUUGCGGAAAGAUAAAAAUGAAAAAGACCAGUAUAAACGGAAAGAAAAUGGCAGUCAAGGAGGAGAGGCACAAACUCCUGAAGGUGAAAUUGAUCCAGUGUACCAUUUACUACGUUGUGCAGCUAGUAAAAGUCAGUCCACAGCUUUGGCGACAACUGGUCUGACAAAUGCAAAAACAAAUCUUAAACCAAAAUCAACUAAUCCUGACACAUCUCAGACAAAUUCUGGUGACAGUGGACAGUCAUCUAGGCUGGAUAAUUACGAAGUAAAUCCAUAUACUGGUUCAAUGAUUUUACGGAAGACUUCCCCAAUUGUAUCAUUUAAACAAAAUGAAUCAGAACGUUGUCGACUAGAUGAAUAUUUACUUGAUAAUAAUAAUAAUAACAACAAUAACAAUACAAAUAAUGUUACUUUAAUUACAAACACUAACAAUAAUAAUCAAAUUAACGCGUACAAUCAAAACACAGAAAGUGAAAAUAAUUCAUCACGCUUUAAUGAAAAUCAAUCAACAAAGAAUAAUAAUGUGUUAAUACCUACAAAUGUUAAAUUAAUCCCUCCAAAUCCUAUUUCAGAGCAACAACAAAUUAUUAAUUUAAAUGAAGCGGAAUUAGCUUACGAACAACAUAAACGAAUGAAUCCUAGACAGAAAGCACCACGUUCUGGUCAAAAAAGUCCAUCUUUUCUAGUUGAAGAAGAUCAACAAUCAUAUGUGAUAGAUUAUGAUCAGGAAGUUGAACAAAAAUCAUCCAGAUCAACAUAUGAAAUAAAAUCGUAUAAACCAUUUACUGGAAAUAACCCAAAAUCGUUUCCUUCAGCACAACGCCCUACAAAUGAAAGAAUGUAUACACUUAAUCGAAUGAAAAUGAUGUCAAUGGAAGAGAAUGAAGACGACGAGCCAAAUACUGUAGAUGACGUUCAAAAAUUUCAGAAAAUUAAUCACAAUGUAAAUUAUUUUCGAACAGAACAUACAGGCUCAUCUUCUUCACAUAAAUAUGCACAAAAUUUUAGCUCACAAUCGAAUAAACAAAAUAAUUAUGAUGAUGUAGUACCGUCAAUUCAACAAAUAACAAACGUCGAAGAUAGAACAAGGAAAAAUCCUCUUUUAUCAACGAAAAGUUUUUCAUUGGAUGUACCACGAUUUGAUCAGCCAAAUGAGUCUAGCAUAGGUGGUUCAGGUGGUUCCAGUCCAGGACGUUAUUCUGAAGGACCUCGAAAGUCAUCUGUUGCAAAAUACCCUCAGUGUUUAUCUUCUAGAAUGUCACCGUCGCUAUUUUCAGCAAGAAUGACUGAACCAUGCUUUUAUACUCACGUAGAACAAGAGUUCCCUUCGAAGAAACCAGUACAAUCAAUAAUCCACAUUUUGUACAAGUUCACGUAAAUGAUCCAGAUUCAACUUAUCAUCUUACAAUGAAUGAAAGAGCCGGUAGACGGAGAAUUUCACCAGUUGGAAACGUUUUAUCCAGAUCACGCCUAACAAGUACAACUAGAAUGCUGCCUACACCAAUUGGAGGAACACUGGAAAAUAAUGUGUAUCCUAUAAAAAGAAACCUCCCGUCGAAUCAAAGAAAUGAACCAAAUCUAAGAUAUUAACCAGAAUAAAAGCACAUCGAAUUCAAAAGUCGCCAACAUGUGGUUAUCAAAGAAAAAAAAUUGUAACUAUAUCACGAAAUGAUGAAAAUUCAGUAAAAUCUUUCAUAUCCCUGUUUCUCAAGCAACAAGAUAUAAAGUAAACAUGAUUCACAACCUUCACAGUCUUUUUAAUUUCAACUAAUUUCACUAUUUUUUGUUUUUCGCAGCAUUCUUAUAAAUAAUAGCAUAACUUCUAAAGGAUCACUUUUGAUUUUCUCCUUUUUUUGUUUUCUUUUCAAGAGCUUGUUAUAUAUUUUGUUGUUUUGUUGUAUCAUAUCUUCUUCUUCUUGUUAUUAGAGUAUCACAAUGAAGAGCUAACUAAAGAUAACAAGUUGACAUUCAUAUAUGUUUGUUUUUUCUCGUAAGUCUAUUUUAGUUUGAAUAUAAUCUAAUAUUUUGAAAGGCUAUCUCCUC